CUUUCUCACCCCACCUCCCUUUCCGUACGAUGGCCGGUGUGGAGGAAGGUCGCUUGGUCAUGCUGUGUCGGGCAUCCUUCUCGUCGGUGACAUUUGCCUCACACCGACGAGCGGUGAAAAAAUGACCGGCUUGGGGGGAGGGGGUGCAAAACAAGAAAGAGGCGGCAUCUUGUGGAGACGAUCGAAGUUCUUACAGUGAAGACUGUUGCGUUUUAAAAUGGCCGACCAGUCUUCGCGGACCCGCUCAGUGGUGGCAUUCGUAGCAUUUCGCUUACCGGUCUCUGGGGCGGGAAGAAUGUCACUGAUUUCUUAUUGCGCACUUUAUCGUGACUGGUUCGUUAUUCGUUCCGAUAGUUUUCGUAAUCAUUUGUGUGUAUUUCUGGGUUACCAUUUGAAACACUUUUUUUGAGCUUCAGAUCGUUUACUGGUGUGUCUGCCCACGUCCGCGCACGUUUACUUCUCUUAGUGCAUUUUUACCUCCUGUGGAAUCCACCUUCCGGUGUGUAUUUCCGAAUAAAGUAUCGUUUUGUCCAUGUUUGUAAGUGUUUUUGUUCUACCUCCAAUGCCACAAGGGUAUGGGGUCGACGAGUCCAGUCUAUUUACAGUUCUCAAGCUGUAAGCCGCAGCUUGGUAUAUUCUACAGACACAACAUUACUUCGCAAAGCACGUAAAGGAUUCUAAAUGAUGUCCCGGAGAAGAAGCAGAAGCCCGUCCCGAGAACGCCGAAUGCGUGGAGACCGUGGUGCAAGUAACAAGACUGACAGUGCUGAUCCUCGAGAUCUUGAAAGGCGCAUUUUUGUUGGAAAUUUGCCCACUGAUUCCAUGGUGAGGAAGGAUUUGGAAGAUAUGUUCAUUAAAUACGGCAAGAUAAAUGCUUUGUCAAUGCACCAUGGAUUUGGGUUUGUGCAGUUUGAUCGUGUUGAGGAUGCUAAAGCUGCCGUGCAAGGAGAGAACGAACGAAUGUGUAGAGGGUACAGAUUAGAUGUUAAUAUGGCAGCUGAAAGAAGAAAUUCGAAUAAAACUGCACGGAGACCGAGUCCUCCGAGAAGAGACCCAUUUGCCUUUGGUGAUGAACGUGAUGUAAGACGUGAACGCUCUCCACUCAGACCUACCAGAGAUGAACGUGAUGCAAGGGAUCCCCUAUUUGAUCGAUACAGGGAUGCUAGAGACCCUAGGGAUCCAACCUACAGACGAGAUGAAGUCUAUGAUAGGUAUUAUCGCUAUGACGAUGUACUGCGAAGGAAGGAGGAACCGUACAUGGAACGAUUCCGGGAGCCAUGGGAUUCCAGGGCACCUCGUGAAGUUGAUGAUCCGAUGAGAAGGGAGCGUCGCAGAGAAGAAUUAUAUCGGCAGUAUUAUGAUGAAAUCCAGCGACGUUAUGACGCAGAAAGACCUGUGGAUUGUUCUGUAAUCGUCGUUAACAAACAGCAAAAGGAAUAUGCAGAGUCUGUUGGUCGAAAGGUUCGUGACCUUGGUAUGGUUGUCGAUUUGAUAUUCCUCAACACUGAAGUGUCGCUUACACAAGCUCUUGAAGAUGUUAGCAGAGGAGGCACAGCAUUUGCUAUUGUCAUCACACAACAACAUGAAAUACACCGGUCAUGUACUGUCAAUAUCCUGUUUGGAACACCACAGGAGCAUCGUAACAUGCCAAUGGCUGAUGCAAUGAUCUUGGUUGCACGUAAUUAUGAGAGGUACAAGACAGAAACACGUGAAAAGGAACGAGAAGAGAUUGCAAGAAAGGCAGCUAAAAUGGCAGAUGAAUUCAUAGGGCGGGAAAGGGAGCCUACUCAGGGGGCUAUGGAAGAGCGAGGAAAUCCUCCUGGCAUCCAGCCAUUGUUGAAUUUGCUUGCUGAUGGAAGAUACCUUACUGUCGAAGAAGUUGACAAGAUCAUUGAAUAUCUGAGAGAGAAGAAGGAGCGGUUACUUCGAGGAGGAGACUCCUUGCAUGGAUCUGUUCACAAUCCAGCUCCCAUGCCUAGACCAAACAUGGGUUCCGUAGGAAUGAACCCACUUGAUGCACAGCCAUCACUACCACCUGCUCCAUCUUUGAAGGGAGGACCACAAGACACACAGGCAGCACAGCAGCAGGAGUUGCAAGCCAAGAUUUUAAGUCUCUUUAACAGUGGAUCAUCUGGCUCAAAUACAAAUACUGCAGGAGCACAGGGUCCAGCUUACGGAAGUGCAUUGAAUACCCAACCUCAAAACCGAGGAGGCCAGCUAGGUCUCAGUAACUCUUCCUAUCUGUCUCAAGCUCAGCAGCGCAUGACAGGUCCUAAUUCACAGCUUCCACCUUUAAUGAGUCAAGCAGUUGCACCGAGAGCCACUGCUAUUCGCUCGCCUCUGCCUCAGGCCCAAGGUCUUUAUGGCCAGCAGCAACCUAGAGGUCCAACCCCAAAUCAGUCAAGUGCUUUGUCUCAGGCCCAGAGAUCUGGUGUGGCAACAGGUAUAAACUUUGAUAACCCUAGUGUGCAGAAAGCAUUGGAUACCCUGAUUCAAAGUGGUCCAUCUUUAUCCCACUUGGUAAACCAAGCCUCUACCCAGGUACCACGCCCUGGGCAGCCAAUGAAUCAGGCUUCUAUGGCAUCUUACCAGCGCCACUAUUGAUCCUGCGUGUAAAGGGGAGGGAAGGGAGAUGCCCUUUAUGGAGGAGCAGUCAGCACAUCCACUGAAACCCGUUUAAGGCUUCAUGUUUAAGAUUUCAUAAACAAAUGUAAGUGGUUGAAAGAGUGCUUCAUUUAAAAACUGGUUACUGUUUAGUUCCAGUGUAUUGAGAGUCGCUUUUUAUAGUAACCAGGCAAUUGGCAACAUUUUAUAAAAGCACUCUCAUCUUGGAUGUGUGUGUGUGUGCGCGCGCGCGAAGCUCUACAUUUGUUCAUGAACAAAGCCUUAAUCGCAAUCACUUGGUUUAUGUUGACAUUGAUCUUUUAAAUAAAAAAAAUUGAAAUGUUAACUCAAUGAUUCUGUGUAUUAAAGAAUUAAAGCAUGAUACUAUGUCUGAAUCCAGUGUUUUUAAAUGAAUAUUUCUAAAGAUGUAACUAAAAUCCAGGAUAGCAGACCUUACUAAACAAGUUUUUAUAUUUUAAUGUUUUGUCACCAUUUUUUCCUUUUAUAACUAAAUUCUAGGCCAGACAGGUUGUCAUUGUCAUAAUAGCCAUGUAAGAUUGACUUUUGUAAGUUCUGUGGUUUCCUGUUACAUUUGUGAUCCCCUUUCCUUGUGUAUAUUCUCCAGCUGUGAGCAAGUGCUUUACAUGCCUAAUUUGUAGCCAGUGCCAUUUGCAGUUGUGGAAUGGUGGCUGUUGUAUAUUUCUUGGUAGUUCAAUGUUUGAGUCACUAUUUUCAUCUGGUUUGUAAAGAAUAAAGGUUUCUCUUCCAUUUUU